AUGAGGCUCCAUUAUCUGCUAUUUGCAUUCCUCAUCUUGCUCUUGGUCCCUGCUCCAGGGGAUGGAUUCAUCGAGAAAACCCUCCGAAAGUUAUUCUGCAGAGUAAGAGGCGGCCGGUGUGCUAUGAUCAGCUGCCUUACAACAGAAGAACAAAUAGGUAAAUGUUCUCAGAAAGGUCGAAAAUGCUGCAGAAAGAAGAAAUAG